GGCGGAGAGGGAGCCAUGAGGAGUGAAGCUCCGCCUCUGUAGCGCUGGCGUCGUGACGUCAACAGCGGAGAAUGUGAGAUCCGAGGGGUCAAGCUCCGCCCACGUAACGCCUGCGUCAUGACGUCAAUAGAGGAGCGGCGGAGAGGGAGAUAGCGAUGAGGAGCGAAGCUCCGCCCCGUAGCGCCGGCGUCGUGACGUAACGGCGUCGUGGCGGUGGUGGCCGGUUGAGCGCGCUCCCGCCGUCCCUCCCUCUCUCUGUUUCUGGCGUGGUGCGCUUGCCGGCGUGCGCAUGCGCAGUGGCGCUGGGAGGAGGCGGGCGCGUGCUCUCUCUCGCUCUCUGUCGCGCGCGUUCCGGGGAAGGUUUCCUUUGGGCCUAAAGAAGAAGAAGGCGCCUCCUCCUCCGCCGGAGAUGGAGUGCCCUCACCUUCCGUGGAGCGUCUGCGUGGCGCCGGACUCGGCCAAGCUCCCUCAGGGCUCGCCCUCCUCCUGGUGCUGCAGCGUGUGCCGAUCUAAUAAAAGCCCUUGGAUCUGCCUCACUUGCUCGAACGUCCAUUGUGGAAGAUACGUAAAUGGCCAUGCAAAGAAACAUUAUGAAGAUGCCCAGGUUUCUUUACCCAAUCACAAGAAAACAGAAAAGCAAGAGAAGAUUCAACACACAGUGUGCAUGGAUUGCAGUAGUUACAGUACAUACUGUUAUCGCUGUGAUGACUUUGUAGUCAAUGAUACCAAGUUUGGCCUGGUACAGAAAGUCAGAGAGCUCCUACAAAAUUUGGAAAACUCAGCUUUUACAGCAGACCGACAUAGGAAAAGAAAACUUAUGGAAAACUCUUCUCUCAACAGCAAAUUGUUAAAAAUAAAUGGGAGCAGCACAGCUCUGUGUGCUACAGGCCUUCGGAAUUUGGGGAACACCUGUUUUAUGAAUGCGAUUCUUCAGUCACUCAGUAACAUUCAGCAGUUCUGUUGCUACUUCAAAGAACUGCCGGCCGUGGAGCUGCGGAAUGGAAAGACUGCAGGCCGGCGGACGUACCACACCCGAAGCCAAGGGGAUAACAGUGUUUCGUUGGUAGAAGAGUUUCGGAAGACACUGUGCGCUCUGUGGCAAGGGAGUCAAACAGCCUUCAGCCCCGAGUCGUUGUUCUAUGUUGUUUGGAAGAUCAUGCCAAACUUCAGGGGUUACCAGCAGCAGGAUGCCCACGAAUUCAUGCGUUACCUUUUGGACCACCUGCACUUGGAGCUCCAAGGUGGCUUCAAUGGUGUCUCGCGUUCGGUCAUCUUGCAAGAAAAUUCCAGUCUCUCUGCUGGCAGUAGAUGUUGCAUAAAUGGUGCUUCCACCGUUGUCACAGCCAUCUUUGGAGGCAUUCUUCAGAACGAAGUCAACUGUUUGAUAUGUGGGACUGAAUCCAGAAAAUUUGACCCAUUCCUAGAUCUUUCACUAGAUAUUCCAAGUCAGUUCAGAAAUAAGCGUAACAAGAACCAAGAAAAUGGACCAACGUGUACAUUGCGAGAUUGUCUUCGCAGUUUUACAGACCUGGAAGAACUUGAUGAAACAGAACUCUACAUGUGCCACAAAUGUAAAAAGAAACAGAAGUCCACCAAGAAGUUCUGGAUCCAGAAACUACCAAAGGUACUGUGCUUACAUUUGAAACGCUUUCACUGGACAGCAUAUUUGAGGAACAAAGUGGACACAUAUGUCGAAUUUCCCCUGAGAGGCCUAGACAUGAAAUGUUACUUGCUAGAGCCUGAAAACAGUGGACCAGAAAACUGCCUGUAUGACCUGGCAGCUGUGGUGGUGCACCAUGGUUCAGGGGUUGGCUCCGGCCAUUACACUGCCUAUGCGACCCACGAAGGGCGCUGGUUCCAUUUCAACGACAGCACCGUGACAUUGACAGACGAGGAGACGGUGGUGAAAGCCAAGGCCUAUAUCCUCUUCUACGUCGAGCGGCAGGCCAAGUCCAGCCUGGACAAACUUUAAUAAUACCUCUCCCCCCAACUUUUGCAUAUCAAGUCCUCUGGAUAAAACAUUUCCAAUCCUCCACAGAUACUUGAUCCAAGACUCUUGAUUUCAUUGUGCACUUUUCAGAUUUUUUUUUUCUCCUCCUCCUUGUGGUUUCUAGUUUUACUUUGUCAGUAAUAGCAUUUGAUUUGUUGAAAUGUGGACACAAAGCUAACUUGGUUGUUAGUGACACCAGAAGAAAAGAACACCUCAGCAGAUAAAUUUGAUUUGCUGCUUUAACUCGAUUUUUUUUAUACAUAGUUUCAAGAGCUACUUUAGUUGUUUGACUUUUGUAUAUCUAUAUGUUCCUGUUUGCUUUUCAAAGGCACAUUUACAUCAGAGAAACUUGAAUCCUUCCAAUUAGCACGGUGGCAUACUCAAUUAUGAAACGAGAGCCUUGGGUGGCUUUUCUGCCUGUUAUGCAAGGCUACUUUCUUGUAAGAUCAAGGACUUGUACCUGCAGAUUGUGUUGCGGACGCAUUACGUGCGGACAGAGUUCGGGUGGCCUGUUUGUUUUUUAAGGGACAAAAUGUGGCCUCGUUACAUGGGCUGCAUAAUUGCUGCUACUUUUGUUUCUGGAGGCUGCUUCCUUUCCCUGUUUUGUGUACAUCAGUAGCUGACUAUGUUGUUGGUAACAGAAGCUAAUUAUAUAAAAAAAUUGAUUUUCCUUUCAGUGAUGAAAAAUGACAAUUUUGCAGCAGUUAAGCUACCUUUCAAAAAAGAAAAAUCUGAUAAAGUUUAAGGUUGCCUAGCUUCUUUUCCUCUAGAACUUUUUAGAUUUGUUCCCUUAAUGCCAUCAUGUUCCCUUUGGUCUUGUGAUGCGUUGGAGGUAGAGUAGAAGACUGUUUUUUGUUUUAAAACCCAGACCCCUACCAAGUUUUAUCAUGCAAGCCAUAGCCCUCUGAACGGCUGUCGAUGUGGGAAGAGGCAGCCAGGAGCAGUGUGCUGUAGGUCUGGAGGAAGAAUGUGUAGUCUAUGGUGGUCAUAGUCAUCCCGAUCCUGAGACUCUUUUGCUGUCCCAGGUGCCACAACAUGGCACCAGCAUCUUCAUUCUGCUCAGUGCAUUUCUUGGCUUUGUGUUUCAUGCUUUCCUGAUGCAUCAUGGAUGAUGCUGAGGGUAAGGUUCAAACUGCGGCAAGCACAGUUGAAUAGAGGUGAUGGUUGCCUUUGGCUGCAAUGAAGAGGCUUGUGAGGCUUGUAACUUAAACACUUCAGGGGGAGUAAGAAAGUGGCUUCUGCCCCACAUCUUUGUGAGUUACAUUAACACACUCCCUCGUAUGUUCUCUUUCCGCUUUCUUCUUCCCUUUCUUCCCUUUUUUGCUUUCUUCUUUUCUCUCUCAGGGGACUUAGGUCACUUUCCCAACCCCUUUAGAGCCGAAACCCUGAAUUAGCAUCAGUUGAACCUCGGAGGCAGAGGGACUUAGAAGGCUGAGGUUCAGGGAAUGAUGUAAAUGUGCCUUUCUUCGUAACGUAGAAACCACUGCAAAGGGAAAACAGUGGCUGUUAAACCAGCAGUGCUGUUCCUGGUUCUCAUUUCUCCCCUCCACAAACCCAUUCUUUCUUCCCUGAUCCCUUUCAUGUAACAGUAUUCCUCCCUUGUGACAUGCUGUGUUACUCUUUUUGGAAUGUGGCAGGCAAAAUGCAAAGCACUUACUUGCUGCUCCUGUCCUCAGGAAGCUCAGGCGGAAGGGGUUGGCCUGGGACAAAGAAGCCUUUUUCUUCGUGUGGCUCCCGUCCGCCCCUGCGUAACACAUGCCGUGUGGACAGUCGAAGCAGCGAGUUGUGGCAACACACGUUAUUUCUCUUCCUGGUGGAGAUUUGCUUAUCCACUGGAUUCUACUCAGUGAGUUGUGUCAAAGCGAAGCAGUCGGAAGCGCGUUCUGCACCUGAGAUAGUAUUGGACAUUUCCCCCCUUGUUUGUCCUGUAUUGCGACGGGAGGACGACACCACCGCCCUACACUCGCACACCUGGGUUUCUGCCAAGGGAGAUGCUUGGCCUGGCACUGCCCUGCCCCAGGUGGCGAUGGAGCCUGAAAAAAACACUGGCUGUGGGGCUAGUGGGUGGCCAGUACCCAUGGCCUAGUCACAGGCUGCCCCACAUAUCUGUUGUUGUUUGAGAAGACCAAUGCUGUGUCCUUCUGUGCCCCUCCUGUAAGAUGAAGCUGCCCUAGAUGCUGUUGGCAACAGUGCCACAUUAAUGGACCAGAGUUCUGCCAUUCUUCAGCAAAAGAAGACCAGGUGGUUGUAAGAAGAGGGUCUGGCCAAGGUAAGGCUCCAUCCGGUUAUGGGGCACUGGUGGUGGCAGGCUGGACGCGGCAGUGAGGCAGUCUUCUCUCUCCAGGCGGCUCUUUCUCUGUCCCACUGUGGUCAUCUUCUGCGUUUCUCAACACAAGCCUACUGUUUCCAGUUUGUGUUAUAGAGGGUCCUUGGGCUGUAUAGUACCAUAGUUGUGAUUGUUUGUUUGCCAUUAAAAUCUUGUUGCAUAAGCCUU